AUGGCCCCUGGCACGUUCAACAGUGCCAAUUUCCAGCUGCCACCAUGUGCCAGUCUCCCCCCCCCCCUUCCCCCUCCCCUGGUGCUGCGGUGCGCCGGGGGCCUGGUCUGGUGCUCAGCCUCCUCGCAGCGGGUAGGUACCACCCAGAGAGACGGAGCUGUUGCCAAAGAGUGGAGCUGCACAACAUACAGGAACUGCAACGUCACAGUGAGAGAGAGGGAGAGAGAGAGGGAGGGAGAGAGAGAGAGAGAGAGAGAGGGGAGAGGAGAGGAGAGGGAGAGAGAGAGUCAGAGCAAAGUGCGCUAUCAGCUGCUGAAGGCUGGACACACGAGAGGCGUGGGGGAUACUGAUAGGGGGUGGGGGGGACACAGAGAGGUAGAGGGUGGGGGAGAGGAGACUCCCUCGUCGUCGUUGGGUGACGGUGGCACAGAUGGGUGCGACUCUCCACAGCUGAGCCACGGAUCCAGCCUGUGCGCCCGGCGGCGCUGCACGAUCCGCGCUCUCCUCAGCUGGAAACGACACAAUCCUGCGAAUGACACUUCACCACCACCGGCACCAUGCUCCCUCGUAACCUGCGAACAGGUGGUUAUGACCUGCCGGGCGUGGAUUCGAGCGAAGUGCCUCUCAUUGGCUACCGGCCCUUACCGCCUGACCGUGGCACCCCGAGCCACCAAUCAGGGAGAGGAGGAGGAGGAGGAGGAGGCAGCGAUGAACUGGAAACUUCACAAGUGAGUGUUUUUCCCUCAAUUAAACGCCUCCAUCUCUAUUUUCUUUGGCGUGAGAACAGAUGAGGUGGAGGAGAGAGGGAUCAGCUUUUUCCUGCAUUGGCGGUUAGUAAUAGUAUUGUUUGGAUACUGAUCAUCUGUGCGGCGAUGUGAUGGAGCUGCACAGGGAAU